ACUCUUUAUCCUCCCUCUGCAACUUAAAGAGUUUGAGAACUACUGUUUUAAACUGUAGCAUCCUUUAAUUUCUUCCCAGUGGCAUCAGCUCAUCAUAUUUGCUGACAGAAAGUGAGAUUUUCUUUCUUUCUAAAGAUUACUGGCUGUAAAAGCGAGAACAUGGAGAAGCCUGUUAUCACCAAUUUUACAUUGUUGGACGUUAUUAAAAAUCAUCGUGUGGUGAACUGCUCUGUGGCGGUGUGUGCCGUGUUCAGCUGUGACGUCAAUCUCAUAAAGAAUGAAAGGAAACUCUAUUAUAUAUCUGGCAAUGUGAGCUCGGGAUGGAUUGAGCAGACUGGACUCAGAGCUGCUGUGUUUGAGUUGAUCAGUUCAGUGUCUCUGGAUUAUGACAAGAGCAAAUAUAUUUUCUUUUCCUCUGAUUCUCAAGGCACUGCACCGUCUCUCCAGAUUAACACUCAAGUGGAGGUGUAUGAGGAGGUGAACCUGAUCAAAGAGAUCAUUGGAGGGGUGAUAGGAGGACUGGUUCUCCUCACAAUGGCCUUCUAUAAGGCUGGGUUCUUCAAAAGUCAGUACAGACAGAUACUGCUGGAGGCACAGAGGGAUGCAAGAGGACAGCCAAACAUGACACAAUAAUGUGCACUCAAACAGUUAUAAGAUAUAAGUACUGAUUGUGUUUUGUGGGUUUGAGAAUGAAAGAUGAAUUCAGUUCAUGUUUGUCAUAUUUCAGGUUAAUUAUAUCAUCUCUAUAAGGCACAUCUGAUUGUUUCCUGGUAUCAGUAGCCAAUGAGCUUGCAUGAUCAACUUUCAAAUACUUAGGAUUAGUUAGUUAGCAGAUAGUUAGCAUUUUUGCAGUGCAGCAUGCUUUCAGAAACCCUUCCCCAUGUACAGCAGCAGCAUGUCUUACUUGCUCAUAGCAGCCUGUUGUGUAUGUAUUGGCAGUAGCAAAUCUCAUACUUUAUGAUCAAAUCUCAUAGCAGCAAUAAUCAACAGCAGAUGCAACAGCAGCAUAGCAGAUCUAUUCCGCAAGAAUAAACAUAUCAACAUUGUCAUACCCAUUACCAUGCCAAACACUCAAGAGAGUUAUGACAGAAAUCAUUUUACUUCAUAUCACUACUCAUCAUUAUCUCAUCAGUGAGCUCACCACUGACUUACUACAAUGAAGGUAUUUAUAAUAGCAUCUCAAAUAUUUAAAUUCCUCCUUUGUUAUGAAAACUGAUAAUGACUGAGUGUCUAGCAGAAAUAUAAGAAAUAUUGGAGGAACUUUUUCUCAUGUACAUUGUUUCUGAAA